CUCUUCAUUUACAUUUGGCAAGAAAGUUACCUAUUAGUAUGGUCUGCUCAUUUUUGGGUAUUUUGUAAAAUAAUAAAUGGUAGAGAUGUUGUGGUUUCAAAAUCAGCUACUCUGCAUUGCAGUAACUUAUUUCAGCCAAAAGAUUCUAAGGGACUUUUGUAAUGAAAGCUUAAGUUUGCAUGUUUUUAAGCCAGAUAACUUCCUCAAGAUCUGAUGGUGGGGGUUGGGGGGGUGGUGGUAAGGGAGAAUGAUCUUUGGCCUUAGUAUUUUUAUAGGUUGGUCCAAAUGGCUAUGAUUGCCUCAAAAAAUCUCCUAAAGCAUAUUAAUUCGCUGGACUAGCUUGAUAAACUCCAUUUCUAUUAUGUUAAAAUAUUUCAAAAUGUAUACAUUUCCUCAUAUAUAUUGCUACCCAUUCUGUCCAGAAAUGAAUUUACAAAGUGUAAAUACAGAAUUGAGUAAAUUGACAUUUAGUGCUGAACAGCUUUGACAGUGUGGAAAAAUAAUCACAUACUAUGAAAAUAUAGGGUGGUUAGUACCCACUUUGAACCAACAUUUUGUAAAUUAAUUAUCAAAAGGUUUUUUAAAAAAUUUUUACCCUCUUACAUUAAAUUUCUUAGAAAAUGAACUUUGAGUUAAAUUACUUGAAUUUGUGACAUCAAGCUGAAUUUUGAUCUCAAAGACAAGUUUUUUGUUAUCUUUAUUUCAAAUUUGCAAGCUAAGAAUAAGGUCUUAAACUCACAGACAGCCUAGUUCAUAUAUGUUUGGAGGGUAGCAGGUAUUAGGUUCUAGCCAGUUUUGAAAUUUUUUGAAGAUGUGAAGUUUCUGAAAAGCAGUAGGAGUCUCAAACAAAUCUGAUGGUCUACAAAACUGAGCAUGAUCUAGCAGCCCAAAUGUUUUACACCUGACUCUCCCAACACUUCAUUUUAAGUAACUCACGAAAAAGAUCUCACCGGUUUGGGAGUUAGGAAUAUAUUAUACUUCCUUGUAGUUUUUAAAUGUGUUUCCUAGUUCAUACUCAAAAGAACAUAUUAUCAUUGAUAACUUUUGGUACUCGGGGCUAACCUUAAAGAAAAUGGGGCAAGCUUGGGUAGCAAGCAAUUGAAGGUAAGAAAGGACAAAAGUUAGUGGCUUAGUUAGUGACUUUGAUCCACUCUAUUUUGCCUUGAUUUUGAAAGCAGAUCACAGUAGUAAUUUGAGGCCCAACUGUCAAUGAGAUAGAGCAAAGUGGCUUGAGUGUAAGCAGAGGAGAGCAUUUAGGUGUUGUUUUGAAUGUUCAUAGUAUUAUGGGUCUAACACAUCUUAAAGCCUCUGAAGUGUACAUUUGGACAGGAAUCCUAUGUGAACUUCAAAAUAUGUAGGAGUUUUAACUCCGAAUGGCUUUGGUCGGUUUUUCUACCAUCUGAAAUGAUUACGUAUUGCAGUAAACUUACAGGAUAAGUGAGGAUUUCUGUCGUCUGAACUGUGAUCAUCUUGUAUCUAUCCCAGCGCUUACUACAGUGCUUGGCACAUAAUAAGCACUUAACGAAAACCACGAUUAUUACUAUGAACUCUGAACAGCCAAAUUAAUCUUGGUUUUUUGAUAAAGAAAAUUCACUUCUAAAAACUGCCAUUAUGUUUAGCCACAUUAAUUUUUCCUGCUGUUCUUAUUUUCAGUGUUUUAGGUGCAUUUCUGUGGAAAAUUAAUUCAGAAUAUCUUUUAAGAAUCCAAAUUCCUUAGGAUUGAUCAAAAGCAUUGUGAUAGGUUUUUCUCUUUUCUGCUUCUAACUCCACCCCUCACACACACAAAAGAAGACACUUUGGAACACAAUUUUAUAUAUUCACAAAUGUGUGUUAUGUCAGGAAGCGGAUUCAGUGGUUUAAACUGUGGGUUUUCACCAAAAUAUAGAACAAAUUGUGGUGAAGCAUUGCAGUCAUUCUUUAUAUUUGUGGAAUAAUCACUAAGGGUGGGGCUGAGCUAUAAGGGUUUGAGAUAAAAGGCAUUGGACAUCUGGUUUUAACAAAACGAGAAAAUCUGAUCUCUCUUUGAGGGACCACUUGUGGCAAUCUCCAUUUUUCUUAAUGGAUUCAGUACCACAUUCCUACAAACCACCACCGUGCUCUGGUCUUCUGAGAAAUAUUGGGCAAGGCUACUUUAUCUUCCCCAGCUACUUUCCUACUUCUAUGGAUGUUUUGAAACACAGGUACAAUACAGCAGCUGUUAGGAUACUGAACAAGUCAAUCUGGGGAAGAUUAAAUGGAAACUGGAGAUAAAAUAGACUUCACCCUCCUCCUAGAGGAGAGAUAUAAUUAUGGAGACAUACUCUCCAAAAUCAGUGUCCCUAUUUAGAUCAAUAUUUCAAAGAAAAUAAAGACACUGCAUUAAGUUUGGUUGCUGUGAACUAAGAAAUAUCGUGGAAAACAUGCACACAUGCAUAAAGUUAACACUGGAGUAAAGGUUAAGUAUUCUUUGUACCUUCUCAUUUAGUCCCUGAUUAUUUGGUACUUUAUUAUUUUGUGGAUCAGUAGGGAAUAUGGGUUUCCAUAAAGAUGGCCUUUGGAAAUUAGAAUAACGUAUCAGUAAAAACGUAAGGUUAUGUUAUUGAGUAUUUUACUGUUUGUAAAUAUAAUUUAAUAGUGUUUAGCAAUAGUGUGAAGUCAUUAAAGUUACAUUUAGUUUCGUAAUCAGUGACUAUUCGAGAUUUUUCCCUCUGUUUUGUCCCAAACUCCCAGUUACCAAGCAGUGUCUUCAUGUUACAGUGUCUAGAAUAACAAAUCUGUGCUAUUGUUGUGGCUCUCAAGGUCAAAAUGUGCAUUAUCUUAAGCUUUUGGAGCUUGAGAAACUCUUCAACCAGAUCUUGUAAGGCUAAAUGCUGCUAAUUUUUUUUUAACUCCAGAUCUAAAAAUUAUUUAGUACCAUAUUUCUAAUGUAUUGGCCUUAAAAUGUUAUAGAUCCAGGAAUAUGUUGGGGGAGAGUGGAAAACUGGGCUUAAAUAUGAGUUAGGUUUAAGGAAAUAGUUAAGGAAAGAGAUACAUUUUGUUGUUUUUAGAUAGCUUUUUUUCAUGAUAAAGGAACUGCUUUCAAUACAGAGGCCUCAUGUUUACAAAUUCCUAUUUGUCAUUUGGAACAUAUGUGAUCUAGUAUUACAAUUUUUUUUUUAAUCAAAAGGUACUUUCCUUAAUUAGUAACUGAAAACCAAAAAAAAAGGAACAGACGGUACAGGCUAAAUUCAGAUAAGCAGCACAUGCAUCAUAACAUAUAAGGUAGCCUUUAACCAUAAAGUCAUGAACAGUAAAUAAAGCCUGUUGAAAAGAAUACUCUUGCAACACCACAAUUGCUCCUCUUGAGACUGUAAACAUUUUCACUAGAGAUUACCUUUUUAGGAUAGGCUCCAGAUAUUUCUUAGAUCAGUUUAAGCAAUAAAUUAAAGCUGCAGUCUUAUUUCAGCAUUUACCUUAAAGUGUUUUUACUUUUCAUGAAUAGUAAAAAAACAACUUAGAAAUUGCUUUUUUUGUGUAUGAAGAUGAAGGUUUAUUCAGCUAAGGUUCAACUCUGUGGUGAAACCCUUUUUCCCCUGUUUCCUCCAAGAAAUUGUUUAGGAAGUAAAGGCUUUGAGUAUUGUUCAUUUUAUCUAUAAGAAAGCAAAAGAAUCUAUUUUAUGUUGCCAUAACAAUCAAAUAAAGAAAUAUGAAUAUA